AUGCAUUCCAAAGUGGUCAUCAUUGGCUCUGGUCCCGCCGGGCAUACCGCCGCCAUCUACCUUGGUCGUGCGAACCUGGACCCGGUCCUCUUCGAAGGUUUCAUGGCGAACGGAUUUGCCGCCGGUGGUCAGCUUACUACCACGACUGACGUCGAAAACUUCCCCGGCUUCCCGUCAGGCAUCCUUGGCCCUGAGCUCAUGGACAAGUUCCGCGCGCAAUCUCUCCGCUUCGGCACGAGGAUCAUCACUGAGACUGUAUCGAAAGUCGACCUAUCUGCUCGCCCAUUCCAAUACUGGCGCGAAUUUCAAGAAGACCAGGAGCCUGAGACCGCGGAUACACUCAUUAUUGCGACCGGUGCAUCGGCUAAGCGCCUCGGCCUCAAGGGCGAGGAGACCUACUGGCAGAGCGGUAUCUCGGCGUGUGCCGUCUGUGACGGUGCCGUUCCUAUCUUCCGUAAUAAGCCUUUGGCGGUCAUUGGUGGUGGUGACUCCGCUGCAGAGGAGGCAACUUACCUCACAAAAUACGGCUCUCAUGUGUAUGUACUUGUCCGUCGCGGAGAGCUCCGUGCAUCGAAAAUCAUGCAGAAGCGUCUCAUGAACCACCCGAAGAUCACGAUUCUUUGGAACACUGUCGCGGUCGAAUGCCAGGGUGACGGCGACCUGCUCAACAACCUUCGCAUCAAGAACGUCCAUACUGGCGAGGAGAAGGAUCUCCCCGUCAACGGCCUCUUCUACGCCAUUGGCCACGAGCCGGCGACGGCGCUCGUCCGCGGCCAGCUGCAGACUGACCCCGACGGCUACAUCGUCACCGUACCAGGCACGACGCAGACCAGCGUAAAGGGCGUCUUUGCUGCUGGUGAUGUUCAGGACAAGCGGUAUCGUCAGGCUAUCACGUCUGCGGGUAGUGGUUGUAUGGCUGCUCUCGAGGCUGAGCGAUUGAUUGCUGAGGAGGAAGAGGGUAUUGAGGAGUAG